AUGUCUGCGACUGUUGAAAACACCAAAGACGAUAUCAAAGAAGCGCAGCAGGUUCCUGAGGUUCCCGCUGAGGAGGUGAAAACAGCCAAACAGCCUGUUCUGACGCCCGCUCCUGUGCCAACUAGUUCCCCAUGGAAAGCUGUUCCUAGCGCCACUGCGGCACAGACAGCAAGCAGUUCGCGCAAGUGGCCCUCUGCCCAGGAGGCCGUUGAGAAACUUGAGAGACGCGAGAAGCAAGCUCCAGGUGCCCCAGUGCUUAAGUCCACAGGCAAAGAGAAGUGGGUGCCUAUGAAAGCAUCAAUUGUGGUAUCGGGAUCUAAGAAGCUCGGCGGCGGUGGGUACAAUGGAGCUAAUGUCGCCGCCAAAAAGCAGGCUGGUAAGAAGUCUAGGAAAAAUGGACCUUCCACUGCCAAGCCUAGAAAGCAAGUGCAGCCACAGCCUGUAAAGGACGAGAGAGAACUGAAAGAUGAAUCUACUCAAAGUUCAAAUGAAGCUGAUGAGGCUACUGUCGCCAGCAAGGACGCUUUGGAGCCAUCUGAUGCAGCUGCUGUUGCCUCCCAAGCUCCAGAAUCUGCAUUCGGGGAUUCCGCAAAGAAAAAUGGUUUCCAUAGAAGACCUCAUGACAGCAACCAGAAUGGUAACUACCCAAGAAGAAGAUACCACCAGGGUGCUCCAAAGGAGGGUCAUGGACCUUUCAAGUCAAAUCAGCCUUACUCUUCGUUUCCCCAAAAGCCAAACUCUGCCCCAUUCCGUCAGCAUAACCCAAACCGCUCCUAUAACCCAGGGUACCGUCACAAAUACCAGCCCAGACACUCUUCUGGUGCAUUUUAUGGUCCACAGCCUCCUCACCCUUUCGUUGCAGUGAACAACGUCGCAAGACAAAUUGAGUAUUACUUCAGUGCCGAAAACCUGGCCAAGGAUAACUACUUGCGCUCCCAGUUCACUGAAGAUGGUUUCGCCCCUCUUUCUCUUAUUGCGAAGUUUUACAGAAUGGUGAACUUAUCCUUCGGCGGGGACGAAACUCUGAUUCUAGGCGCUUUGAGAGAGAUUGUUGCAAACGACACUGCCACCGUGGACGUUGCUGAGGUCCAAGAGGAAACCGAAAGAAAUGUCGGCAAAUUCUACGUCCGUUCUAAGAACUGGGAACAGUGGAUUUCUAAACCAGAGGACGAAGCUGAGAACAAGGCUGAUGACCAAUCUACACAGAAGGACACAAAGCAAAAAAUAAUACUGAAAGGCGACGUUCUGGAUGCUUUCAAAAUUGAGCCUCCAGUAUUCGAAGCUCCACAAGCCAACGAUGAGCCUCAACCUAAUGCUGAACCUACCACAGGGACCGAGUCCGAGGCCGAGCCCUAA